CUUGAUAAAUGGAAAAUUAGGCAGCUAACAUGAGGACUGCCAUUGUUUUGUUUUCACUGGUGCUCGUUGCCUUCGCCUACACUAAAGGUGAAGAAUUAAAGUUGGCAGAGCCAUGUAAUCCAGAAGCAUGCAAACUACCAAGCUGCAGAUGUUCAUCGUCCGCUAUUCCUGGAAACUUAGAGCCGAGAGAUACUCCUCAGUUCGUCCUCCUCACUUUCGACGAUGGUAUCAACGUUAACAAUGUUCCACUUUACCGUAGUCUUCUCUACAACCGAGUCAAUAAAAAUAAAUGCAACAUUGGAGUAACAUUCUUUGUCAACCAUGAGUACACAGAUUAUAGUUUGGUCAAUGAACUCUACAACCGUGGCUUUGAAAUUGCUCUACAUUCAAUUACUCACAAAACUGACACAGAAUACUGGAGAGAAGCUUCUUACGAAACUCUGAUGAGAGAAUUCGCUGAUCAGAGAAGGCAAAUGGCUCACUUUGCAAAUAUUCCAAUCAGUGCACUUCAAGGCCUUCGCAGUCCUUUCCUUCAAAUGUCUGGAAAUUCAACUUACCAAAUGAUGAAUAGUGCUGGUCUCCGUUACGAUUUAAGUUGGCCUACUAUUAGAUUCACUGACCCCGGUCUAUGGCCCUACACUCUUCACUAUCAAUCUACUCAAGAUUGCAUCGUACCUCCAUGCCCUACCGCAUCCAUCCCUGGUCCUUGGAUAUUGCCUAUGGUUGCUUGGACUGAUAUGCAAGGAUUCCCAUGCUCAAUGGUAGACACAUGCUUCUACAAUCCAGGUUCAGACAACGAAGAAGGAUGGUUUAAAUUCAUCCUUGAAAACUUUGAAAGGCACUACCUCAAUAACCGCGCUCCUUUCGGUUUCUAUAUUCAUGAAUGGUAUAUCCGCGUGAACCCUGGUUUACAGAGAGCGUUUACCCGUUUCUUGAAUAUGAUCAACAAUCUUAACGACGUAUUCAUGGUUAAUGGCAAUGAUGUUAUUGAUUGGGUGCAAAACCCUAUCCCGGUUAAUGAAUAUGUGAAGAAAGAUUGCAAAAGAUUAAAUCCAGCUGCCUGCAGACCUACAAGCUGCGGUCCAAUACAAAGUGAUCACAAUCCUACGUCUUACUACAUGACAAUCUGCAACAGAUGUCCGCGUAGAUAUCCCUGGAUAAACAAUCCUCUCGGAGAAUAAUUUUUUUAAAGAGAAGUAACGACAACAUUCUUGAAAAUAAAUUAACUU